CAAAAUAAAAGAUCGUCCAGACUCAGAUAAUAAAUAAAACAGAAAUACUUAAUGAUUUCUUGUGUGGACCAGUACAAAUCGAUCUACGAACAGGUACCGGACCGCAGCCCUAAGUAACAUAUUUUAAUUUCUUAAAAAAUCUAAAUAGUGCCCUCUAGUGAAUUUGUCAUUUGAAACAUGCAACAAAACAUACCCUGAGCAAUGUUUUUUACAGGCUCAGACACGUUUUUACAAUGAGCCUUGGCUGCUUACAUAAGCAGCAGACAUUGUAAUCAGAUGUAUACCGUUUCAAAAUUAGAUCAGACCACAAGGUUGUCAAGACACUCUACACUUUAUUGCUGUCGUUUUUUCCUGGCAACACAAAUUGUAAUUGUUAACAACCCAGCGAUUAGCAUCUCUCCUGUGCACUAAUGCGCUUCCCAAAAGGGAAAUUAUGGGCCUCCAAAUGUGGCCGUCUCAGGUUGCGUCCCCCUCCAUCUGUGAUGACAAUGAUACCAAAAUGAAAAUACUGAAACAGUGACAUCAUCAUCAUCAUUAUGAUUAUAAAAUUAAUCCCUUUUUUAACAGGAUUGAUUUUGUUCUCCUCGACUACGAUAUGAGGCAUGGUUUUGACAUUUACACCAUGGGCAGAAGAGGAUGACGAAUGAUGGAAUAACGGGGGAUACAGAUUAGUAUUCCUGAGUGAGCCGGGGGCAUAGUCAAGAAUCCUGAAUCCGGUGUCUGGCUCCAUGUUUUGCCGUGUGCCGGUGGAGUGUGUGGAAGAUGCCGAGCUCGCUGCAGAGGAGCUCUAAACGCACAGCUUAACACCAGCGCUGGGGAGAUCGGCUCCUCUCCUCUCCACUCCUCAGCUCUUGAGGAGGCGAAGGGAACCAGAGACCGCAGAGAGAGGAGGCAGAGACUGAGAGUAGACGCUUUUUUUUGCUUAAUUUUUCCCGGCUGCUUGGACUAUCAUUCUGUGUGUGCGCGCGUGUGUGCGUGUGUGAUUUUCCCAGCUCUCUCUCUCUCUCUCAGAACUGUCUUCUGGUUUUCUGGGAUGGUCUGAAGAAGACUUGAUUGUGAUGCGUCUUGCACGGAGACCAGCAGUUUCCCCCCUGGUCGCCAUCCCGAGAUUUCAAUGAGGAUAGUAGCCUCGCUCCACCCAGGAACAUGAAGGGCUUAUCAGGUGGUCGUGCACCGCACCAGAUUCCCACACUGCCCCCGUGUGGACUGGCGGAGUGCGAGCAUCUCCAUGACCUGCACGGCAUGCAUGUGUCCGAUCUGCGCCACACCUACCUGCUCAGCCCCACGGAGACCUGCGUCAUGGACUUCCAUCACCGUCUCUCACCGCGCAGCUCCAUCCAUUCCGACUGCAUGAUCAUGUCACCUAUGGCGUUACCUUCCACUAUCCCUGCCGACCAUGUUUCCAGCAGCACCUUUCCCAGAAUGCACUACAGUUCGCAGUACUAUGACCCAGCUGCCCGGGAAGACUGUGCAGCUAUCACCACCUCAGCCACAUCUGCAGCUGCCGCCGCUGCUGCUGCCGCCGCAGCCUCUCAUCACGGCAGCAGCAAGAGCAACCGCAUCCCUGCUAACUUGCUGGACCAGUUCGAAAAGCAGCUUCCCUUUCAUCGUGACGGUUUUCACACACUGCAGUAUCAGCGCACAUCUGCCGCACCAGGUGGGGAGCAACGCAGCGAGAGCCCUGGUCGGAUCCGACACCUGGUGCACUCCGUCCAGAAGCUCUUCACCAAGUCCCACUCACUAGAGGGAUCAUCCAAGAUGAAUGGCACUAAAGGGGAAAGUGGAAGCGGGGGAAGCCAUCACCAUCACCACGGCAGUCAUCACUCAUCCAAACACGGCAGCAAGCGCAGUAAAAGCAAGGAGCGCAGGCAUCGAUCUGGGACGGGGGGCUGGUGGAGCUCGGAUGACAACCUAGACAGCGACAGCACCUACCGAACAGCCAGCGCCUUGAGCCGACAUCAUCAUGAGCAUAUUGGUCACAGUUUCCCAGAAUCCAUCCACACUCAUUUUGGAGAUCACUCACUCAAAACCUCCAAGAGCAACAAUGACGUCAAGUGCUCGGGCCGUGAGGGUCUGUCCAUGGCACCUGAUGGAAAGUUCAUGAAGAGGAGUUCCUGGUCAACGCUUACUGUCAGCCAAGCCAAAGAGGCUUACAGAAAGUCCUCUCUCAACCUGGAGAAGCCCAUGAUGCAUCAGGACCUUAAACCAUCUUUUCGGUCCUCACACUACCUACAGGUGCCUCAGGAUGAGUGGGGAGGUUAUCCAGGGGAGGAGGAGAUUCCCUGUCGCCGGAUGCGUAGCAGUAGUUACGUCAAAGCCAUGGGAGAUGAUGAUAGCGGUGAGUCCGAUUCCAGCCCUAAGACAUCACCUCAGAAGACUGUGCGCUCUGAUGCCCUUGUCCUCAAAUCUGCCCUGCAGAGACCACACAUAGACACCCAAAGCUCGGGCUACCACUUGCAAACAGUGAGAGAUAUGCGCCCUCAUCCCAGCGUGUCUCUGGAUCCAUCAACCAACUUCAACCCUCCACAAUUUCGCUCAAGAAACCAGAGCUACAUGCGUGCAGUCAGUACCUUCAGUCAGGCAAGCUGUGUCAGCCAGGUGAGUGAGACUGAGGUCAAUGGCCAGUUUGAGUCAGUUUGCGAGUCCGUUUUUAGCGAAGUAGAAUCCCAGGCCGUGGAGGCCUUGGACCUGCCUGGCUCUUUCCGCACUCGAAGCCACAGUUACCUGCGUGCAAUUCAGGCUGGGUAUUCCCAAGAUGACGACUGCUUGCCUUCAAUGACAUCCUCUACUGUCACUUCAACUCUCAGAUCCACAACAGAGGGGUAUGAUGCAAUGGAGGGAACCUCAUUGCUAAAUGAGGAUAUGAUUGAGGAUGAUGAUGGCGCCAGCUCCUCAGCUUAUCAGGAAAUCGAGCGGUUCGAAAGAGAAAAUGCGGCACGAAGUCAACACAGCACCAGCUCCACGGUCACAGCUAUCUCUGUUCCUCCUACCUCCACACAUCCAUACCGUGGAGCCCCAUGUCCGCCUCCAUCCCAGCCCCCACCAGAUCCUCCUGUCCCGCAGGCUAUUCAGGCUUUUAAAGAGUCUGCAAACAUGGUGGCCGCCUUUAACAUGCAGUGGAAAGAGGAAAUAUCAGCGAUGCGAUAUGAGCUUGCGGAGCUGCGCAGGGAUGUUUGCGGGGAACUCAAAACUUUCAACAGCAACUUCUUUAAUUUCACUCAGUGCUAUAACAUGUGGACGAUGUGCCGGGAGGCUGCCACUGGCACCAGUUCCUCUCAGUUGAGUGAACGGGUGUCUGUUGGGGUCCAAACCGGAGCGAAUGGUCUGGUAAGACAGAACACUGCAGAUGCUUCCGUAAUGUGUCAGCCUGAACCGGCUGCCUUCAACAUUUUUGACCUGAUGGAGCCUCCACGCAUUGAGAUCACUGAAGGAACACCCGAAGGAACCUCUGCUACUAACAGUCCAACUAGCCCAGUUAGUCCUGACAGACCCACCACCGGUCGACCGCUUCCCAAACCGCUGGGAAGAUCCAAACUUGACACCGGUAAAAAAAAAAACUGCAGUCGAGCGGACGGUCAAAGAAGUGCCAGCCUUGAACUCUGGUGCAGAAAAUACACUAGUGGACCAAUGUCCUACUUAUCUUUAUCAUUCUAAUCAGUCUCAUUACUGCAAAAGGCAUUGACUUCUUUUCUGAAUCAACCCUAUACACCUUGGGGAAACCCUGCACCUGGAGAAGAGCUUGCCCCUCUUCUCCUAGCAAAGAUCCUGACAGGAGAAGGUGCCGUUUUGGCACAACAAGGAUAGUGUAGCUAUUCCAGAUGGAACCAUCUGUUGUGCCGGAUCAUCAAAUCUGUUUACAUCACCACAGAAAUGAUUCAUGAAUGUCAUUUGCAUUUUAUGGAAUGUCACAAUUUGUCUGACUGUCACUGUCCAUGUUUUGUCCAUAGCUAAAGCAGUUCUUUCCCAAUGGUGGGUCAUCUCAUCACUUAAACUGACCAAAAGAGGAUAUGAAUAUACAGUCAAGCUCAAAAUUAUUUAUAGCCCAGGGGUAUUAAUAAUUCUGGGCUUGCCUGUAGUUGACGUUUGCACAAGGUAUUUUUGGCUUCUACAAAUCAAGCUAUGUACAAAUCUUCAAAUUUAUCCUUCAUUUGUUUGUCUUCUUUUAGCUUUUUUGCAGUCUUGGUUGAAAAUAUGGGUCACAUUUUAUUUUGAUGGUCCGUUUGUUGAAUUUAAGUUACAUUGGAACUGAUUUUCAUUAGAUUAUAAGUAGACUGUUAGGUUGGCGUUAUCAAAAUCAACAGAUAUUAAGCAGACAGUCUACUAAUACACAAAUAAACCAUCAAAAUAAAGUGUUACCAAAAUAUGGAAUGUCAUUAGCAGCAGAACUUUAGUGACAAAUAAAGUCAAGAGUUAAGUAAAGCUAUGACCUCAACUUGUAGGCCAACUCACAUAGCUAAUUUGCCAUGGGUUUCCUCUGUACUUUUGAAUGGAUUUUUAGUUUUAUUUCAUUAGCAUGAUAAACACUAAGUUCUGUUAUGAAAUUCUAAUGGCUUAGAGGUUGAUCGGUGCUAUCCAAUGUCUCAUACCACAUGGCGCAGGUGAUUGGUUGUUGUUGCCUCAGUGGCCAAUGAGCUUGCUCUUCAGCAUUUAAAAUACCUUAGUGCUGUUUACAUUUGGAAUCAGCAGCAUAUUUUUGGAUCCCUCCCCCACCCCUGCUUCACCUAUAUAUAGAUACCAAGACCAAAUACAUAAACAUGUAUACACAUUGUUAACUAAACUAAAUCUCUCAGAGUUGUCAUGAUAGAACUGUAUUUAACAUUAGCAAUUUUGUUAUAUAGCAUGAAUUGCACACAGUCAUUGCAACAAGGUUCAAAAACUAUGGCGGAGACAGGAAAACAGUGAAUGUUUAAACAUUUUAUUAAAGCAAUUAAAUAAAACAAGAGGUCAGUGGCAGCUCCUCAUGGACUACUACUGCCUAACUAAAACCAAAACC